GUGAAAUAAUACAAAAUUUUCAAAGGAAGAAAGAAAUACCUAAAUCCACUCACGGUGGCGCUUGAAGACUCGCAGUUGCAGUUCACUCUCUCCCGCCAAACCCCGCUCCAUCGCAUGCUUUCCAAGUUCUGCAAUUCCCUUCUUCUGUUUCUCACUUUUCGCCGCCAUAGAAUCCACAGAAUGCUAUAAUCUCGGUUCUAAACCUAAGAUACCACAACCAAAUCCGUUUUCAUUGUGCCUGAUUUGAGAACCAAGCCAAGCUCGAUUUCAGGCUGUUUACCUUUACUUCGCAUCGACGAACCUAGACGGCGAUCAAUCGCUAUAUUUUUUAAUAUUUGUUCCAUUGCAUCAAUGGCGGAGCGGGAUCGAGAACUUGUUUCUGCCAUUGACGAACUCGACGAUGGAUCAUUCCUCUCGCUUUGCUUUGGUCCUUCAGUGUCCAUCAGGACUUGGCUUCUCAAUAACGCCGAGAGGUUCCAAAUAAGGCCGUCGCUGUUAUUCACUGUUUUCCUAGGGUUUACCAAGGAUCCGUAUCCAUAUGUUAGAAUAGCUGCUCUCGAUGGCCUAGUAGGUUUGGGGAACAAUGUCUUCGAGGACGGCGGGAUGAUUGAAGGUUGCUAUUACCGUGCUAUUGAGCUUCUAAACGACAUGGAGGAUUGUGUUAGAUCGGCUGCAGUACGCGUUGUCAUCACAUGGGGUCUAAUGCUUGCCGCGCAUAGUCCAGAGAGGAAACGAUAUUUGUCUGAUGAAAUAUUCAUUAAUCUUUGUUCCAUGACAAGAGAUAUGAGCAUGAAGGUCAGGGUUAAUGCGUUUGAUGCAAUAAAAAAAUUGGAAAUUGUCUCCGAGGAUAUUCUUUUACAAAGUGUGUCCAAGAAAGUCUUGGGUAUCUUCAAGGGAAAAAAGCCUCUUGUUCAAUGCUCUACCGAACAAUUGGAAAUGUUGGCGUUGGAUGUUGCGGGAGCUUUUGUGCAUGGCGUGGAAGAUGAAUUCUAUCAGGUGCGAAAGUCUGCCUGUGAUGCUUUGUAUAAUUUACCCAUCCUAUCAACUAAAUUUGCUGGGGAGGCCUUAAACUUAUUGAUGGACGUCCUGAAUGAUGAUUCAGUUUCUGUUCGCUUGCAAGCUUUGGAAACAUUACAUCACAUGGCAAUGUCCAAGUGUUUGAAAUUGCAAGAAGCGCAUAUGCACAUGUUUCUCGGUGCUUUAAGUGACAGUAAUGGUCAUGUAAGAUCUGCUUUAAGGAAACUUCUUAAAUUAGUGAAGCUUCCAGAUUUGGAGACAUUUCAAUUGUCAUUUAAUGGUCUUCUCAAAAGUUUAGAAUCAUACGCGCAGGACGAGUCUGGUGUGCUCUCCGUGCUGUUUCAUAUGGGUCAGAAUCAUGUAAAUAUGGCUGCCUCCAUUAUCCAGGGGGUUUUUAAACAGAUAGAUCCAACAUCUGAAGGAGAACUUGGAUUUGAUAGUGUGAAGGUGACUGCAUAUAUCGUUCUAGCUAUUUCAGCUCCUGUUUUGGAUGAUCAUACCCUUAGGAUUCCGUCAAGAUUAUUUUCCUAUGCAGUUACAUUGCUUGGGAAGAUCUCUCAUGCUUUGGGCGACAUUAUGGAUCAAAGCACCUUUUUUGCUUACUUGCUGGAAAACUGUAAAAACAUUGGAUCAUCUGAUCUUGUGCUUAAUCCAGAGGGGAGCCCGUGCUCACCUACACCUGGAGGUUCAAUCAAUGAUAUACUUGUCUCCCUUAGGACAACUGCAAUGAUAAAUGAGCAACAGCACAAACAUGAUGAUACCAUAGAAUCUAUCAAGACUGUCCUGUCUAAAGUGCAAGAUAUUUGGCCAUUAAUACAAUCAGGAUUUUUGCAUCAAGUUUUAAGGACUCUGAGGUUUUGCAAGGAAGCUUUGGGAACAUUCACGCAUGGAUCAGACACAUCUAGUGGCGCUUUAGCCUUUACAUUACAGUAUCUUAAGAUAAUAAAACUGGUAGCAAAGGUAUGGAAUUUGAUGUCUGCAAAACUUAAUUGUCUUCGUAAAAUUGGAGAAUGGGAACUCCUAUUAGGAAAGCUAGAAAGGGGGCUGAAAGAGUUGAGGAGUAGGUUCAUUGGAUUCUCUAAAGAAGAAGAACUGCAUAUCUUAGAAUUGAUGUUGGUAACUUAUACACUCAGGUUGUAUAAUGGAGAAGUAUGGUGUCAUCUCAUGACUCUGAGAAAGCUGUCUAUCAUAGCUUCCGACAUAGAGCAUCUCCUUAAAGAAGGAUCUUUUGAGCCAUCGACUUUUGUAUUUGAAGCCCAAAAGGCAUUGUCCAGCCUAGGCACCGUAACUCCUAAAGCUUCUUACAAUUUAUUUGAUUUUAGAAAGUUGCUGCAAUCCUUCACCCUAAACCAUUUAGAAUUUUCUGGAAAACUUAAGCACAUCAAGGCAGAAUUAUUCAUUCUAGAUAAUGACUAUGAAAAACCCCUCCAUUUUGUUCCAGGAUUGCCUGUUGGUAUUCCUUGCCAAAUUAUCCUACACAAUGUUCUAAGCGAGAGGAAGUUGUGGGUUCGAAUCAGUAUGGAUGGCAUGACAAGUCAGUUUGUUUUUUUGGAUUUCCCUGUCUUUGGAGGUUGUGACGAGGUUAGAGAAUUUACAUAUGUUGUUCCAUUCUAUAGAACCCCAAAAGCUUCUUCUUUUAUAGCUAGGAUUUGUAUAGGACUUGAAUGUUGUUUCGAGAGUGCUGAAGUUAGUAAACGUCAUGGACAUGGAGGUCCGAGACGUGAUCUGGCAUACAUUUGCAAAGAGAAGGAAGUGUAUCUUUCUAUGAUCAAUAAAGGUUGAUCAUAACGUUGAAUUUGUUAUUUAGUGUAACAUUUUGACCUA